GUCCUGUGGUCAGAGUCACCAUGAGGUCCCUCCUCCUGCUGCUCCUGAUCGCCCUGAGCGCGGCGGCCGCCGAGAAUGUCGGCGGAACCGCUGGGGCUUCCUCCGGCUCUGGAGAAGCCUCCUCUGCCGCUGCAGGUGCCGCAGAGGAGUCCAGCGAUGCGCCCUACAUGGUAGUCUGCUACUACGGUAGCUGGGCGGUGUACCGCUGGGGAGACGGACAGGUAGAUGUGGAGGACAUUGACCCCCUGCUCUGCACCCAUCUCAUCUACACCUUCGCCGGACUGGACGCCAGAACCCACGAGAUCAUCUCACUGGAUGAGUACAAUGAUUUCUAUGAGAACUGGGGUCGUGGAGCGUACGAGCGCUUCGUCGGACUGAAGAGGCGCAACCCGUCGCUGAAGACCCUGCUGGCCAUCGGUGGAUGGAAUGAAGGAUCAGAGAAGUACUCUGAGAUGGCUGCAGUUCCAGAGCACCGAAAAAUAUUCGUGAAGAGUUGUGUCGAGUUCCUGCACCGGUUCGGCUUCGACGGUCUUGAUCUCGACUGGGAGUAUCCCUCCCAGCGCGGUGGAAACAACCAGACCGACCGCGAAAACUUCAGCCACUUGGUGCGCGAGCUGAGCGACGCCUUCAUCCCGGAGAGUCUGCUUCUGACAGCGGCAGUGUCUGGCUCGAAAGCCAUCAUCGACGAGGGCUACAGCAUGGCGGCGCUGGCCGAGUAUCUCGAUAUCCUCAACGUGAUGUCGUACGACUACCACGGUCCGUGGGACCCGUUCACCGGUCAUGUCGCCCCGAUGUACAUCUCGCCGCUGGACCAGGAGCAUGGCGAUGGAUACGAGUACUACUCUGUCAACUACACGAUUCAUCACUUCCUGGCCGGCGGAGUGCCUGCGCGUAAGAUUGCCCUCGGUCUGCCCAUCUACGGUCAGGGUUUCACGCUGUCCGACCCGACUCAGACCGGCCUGUAUGCUCCGGCCCCGCAGCCCAUGAGCGCCUGUCGCUACACGGGCACCUCCGGCUUCUGUGGGUUCGCCGAGAUCUGUGUGAUGCUGCAGGACGGAGGCUGGACCACGGUGACGGACCCCGAUCAGCAUGCCGUCUACAGCUACAAGGGGGACGUCUGGGUGGGCUAUGACGACCUGACCUCUGUCACGCGUAAGGCGAGCCUGGUGCGUGAGCUAGGCCUGGGCGGCGCCAUGGUCUGGAGUGUCGAGACCGAUGAUCUGCAUGAACUGUGCAACAUGGGAGCGAAGUAUCCAUUCAUGACGGCUCUCUGGACCAACCUCAACGGUGACAUCCCGAACCCGCCUACCCUGCCCCCGCCCACCACGGGUAACCCCACCACCACCCGGCUCACCACUCGACCCUCUACCGCUGCUCCCACCGCCGCCCCCACUCCUGCCCCUACCGCCGGCCCUUCCCCCGCCCCUACCGCCGCUCCCACCGAUAGCCCGACCACCAGUGAGCCGACGCACAUCUGCCAGCACCAGGGCCUGAACCCCGACCCGACACAGCAGUGUUCGCCCAUCUUCUACGAGUGUGAGGAUGUGGGCGGCAUGUGGCGAGUAACAGAGAUGGAGUGCGCCGGGGGUCUGGUGUUUGACACGGUCAACAGCGCCUGCGCCUGGCCACAGCUGGUCGAGGGCUGUCAUUGAAUGAGACACGGGGUUUGCUGUUUUGAGUUCAAUGACAUACUGAGUGUGUAAAUAAGUUAUAUGUGAGACGAAAAUCUAACAAUGAAUUUUAGAAGAUAGGUAUCACUUUUUGUCGAGAGAUGUGGUAGCAGAUCAGAACGAUAAAAAAUGGCGAACAACCAUCGGUAGCUGAAAUAAUCGCAGCUCAAAGCAUCAUGUGUUGCAUGUGUGCCGACUGAAUACAUUGCUUAUUUUUAUCA